UUUUUGUUUAUCUCUGUAGCUGUGGUUUUAACUACCAUUAGCCUGUUCGCUAAAUGAGUUCAGACGAACCACAAGUCAAAUACCAAGAAGUAAGUCCAUUUCAAAUAAGUGAAGGAUUUACAAAUUCCAACGCACGCAGUCACACAAUGGAACCCGUCAAAACAGGACGUAUUUUUCUGGCAGCUGUUGCUGCUAACUUAUCAGCCUUUGCCGUUGGCACAUGUCUGGGCUGGACCUCACCUGUUACACCAAAACUAAAAACCGAAGAUACCUCUGAUUCACCCCUGAAUGCACCCAUCGAUUCAACAGAUGAAGCCUGGAUUUCCUCAAUUGUGGCAUUGGGAGCUUUGGUUGCCCCCUUUGUUGCUGGUCCCUUAGCCGAUAAAAUUGGUCGCAAAUGGGUGCUACUCUCCAGCUCCGUGUUCUUUGUCAUUGCCUAUGUGCUCAUGAUGAUCGGUGGCUCGGUAGUGGUUUUGCUAGUGGCUCGAUUGAUUCAGGGUUUCGGGGUUGGUUUCGUUAUGACCGCCCAGCCCAUGUAUGUGGGUGAAAUAGCCACGGACAGUGUGAGAGGUGCCACGGGAUCGCUUAUGCAAUUGUUUAUUGUGUCUGGCAUCCUCUACGUCUAUGCCAUUGGCCCCUAUGUCUCAUAUCAAGCUCUACAAUGGUGCUGCAUCGCCGUACCCAUUGUCUUCGAUGUGUGCUUCUUUUUUAUGCCAGAAAGUCCCUAUUAUUUGGCUGGUAAGGGUCGCAAAAUGGAAGCUUUGAAAUCGUUGCAAUUCCUUCGCGGUCAAAGUGCUGAUGGUGCUCAGGAUGAAAUGGCCACCAUCCAGGCUGGUGUUGAGGAAUCAAUGGCCAAUAAGGGUUCUAUUGCCGAUAUUAUUAAGAACCCUGGCAAUCGUAAGGCUUUGUUCAUUUCUGCCGGUCUCUUGGUUUUCCAACAAUUCUCUGGCAUCAACGUGGUGCUUUUCAAUUCGCAAUCGAUUUUCGAAAGUGCCAAUACUGGUUUGGAUCCUGCCGUUGCCACAAUUAUUGUGGGCAUCGUACAAGUGGCUUCGUCUGGCUUAACUCCCAUCAUUGCUGAUCGUUUGGGUCGCAAAGUCAUUCUCCUGACAUCGGCUGGUAUUAUGACAGUGGGUCUGGCGGCGUUGGGUGGUUUCUUCUAUAUGAAACUCGUUGUGGGAGAUACUUCCAGUGUCCUGUGGUUGCCCGUUCCCGCCUUGGUUGUUUACAACAUUGUCUAUUGUGUUGGCUUCGGUCCCCUGCCCUGGGCUGUUUUGGGUGAAAUGUUCCCGGCAAAUGUCAAGUCGAUUGCCUCCUCCAUUGUUGCCUCCACCUGCUGGAUUUGUGGUUUCCUGGUAACCUAUUUCUACCCGGCCUUGGAUGCCAUGGGCUCCUACUAUGCUUUCUGGCUGUUCGGUAUCUUCUGUAUCGUUGCCUUCUUCUUUGUCCUCUUCAUUGUCAUGGAGACGAAAGGUUUGAGUCUUCAAGAAAUCCAAGAUCGAUUGAAUGGUCGAAAAUAAGCCGAUCGUCUUCAUUCGUGGUUGGAGGACGCGUGCGAUAGGCGACCGAGUCAUUUUUGUAGGAUAUCGAAAUGUAUUUGGAGUAUUUUACAAAUCCACACCCAAUAUAGUAUUGCAAGUAGUUAGUUAUGUAUAAAUAAAUAAACAAAUAAUUAUUAUGUAAGUGUGUAUGUAUAUUGUUAAGUUUUUAGGUUUAUAUACAAUUUACUAUUCCUUAUAUACACGAUAUUAUAUAUAUAUAUGCAAUAAAAGAUUAAAGAUGUAUGAGUUA